GCUCCCCUUCCGACUCUCGAGUGUUCUCUUCACUCAUUAUUGUUUUUGACCAACUGGGUCUCUUCCAAUCUCAUCGACAUCUUCAGUUUGGUAGUCUUGAAUCUUGAUUCUCAGAUUGCUUUACUGGGUUUCCUUCACUCUACAUUUUGAUCAACUGGGUUACCUCCAACCCAUGAAAUUGUGUUAGUUUGCAGUCGUAAAGACGUCUUUCGUCUAUCGUUCCUUCUACAUUGAGAUGACAAUGGAAAAUUCCAUUCUACUUCAUGGUGGAAACUACCUUCGGCCUAGACCUGCUGUUCCAGUUCCUCGAGGUUGUAAUUCCCUUGAUUCUCAUCGGAAUGGUUCAAGAAUCUGGUAUCUUAGGGCUCUCGAAAAAGAGAAAAUUCCCGGGCUCUAUUCGAAUUAUGGAGAAGUGCUAAAUGUGUAUAGCAGAGGGCAGCCUUGGAAGAAGUGUCCCAAAGCGGUGGACAAGAACCGUGUAGGAGAGGAGAGUGACGAUGAAUCGGAAGAUGCACUUCAGGCCACUCUCGAAAAAAGCAAGAAAGUUUUAGCUAUGCAAAAAGACCUACUUCAACAGAUUGCAGCAAGGAGAGAACUUGUAUCAUCCAUAAAAGAUAGUAUUAUCAACACAGAAGGCAAUGUAGUUUCUUAUGAUGAGACUGACAACUCUUUUCCUAAUCUUGAUCUUCCUUCGGUUGAUGCUGAAAGUACUCAUGAAGAAUAUGCUAAUGAGAAUGAAUUUCUUCCCGGAAGCUAUGAUCAUUCAACCACUGUUGGGAUUUCAGACACCCUACCAAUCGGUGUUAGUGGAGGGUUUGAAGCAGAGAAGAACCCAGGGAAUAAUUUACCCCUUGAAAAGGUUUCUUGCGACAUGGAUUCCUCAGGUGAACUUAAAGAAAUUAAUUCAUCGACAGUUCAGUCUUACAUUCCAUCUUUUCUUUCAAACGUUUCGGAAUCACAUGAUCUUGAAGAUGAAAAGGUCGAGAGGAUAACAGAAGCAGGUUUAGGGGAUGUAAUUUCAGAGGAUGAAAAUGUUAAACCCCCUCCUUUGGCUGGGGCUAACGUCAUGAACAUCAUAUUGGUAUCUGCUGAAUGUGCUCCUUGGUCUAAGACAGGUGGGCUCGGAGAUGUUGCUGGAGCUUUACCAAAGGCUUUAGCUCGGCGUGGGCAUAGGGUUAUGGUUGUGGCGCCACGGUACGGUAACUAUGCUGAAGUCCAAGAUACAGGUGUGCGCAAGAGAUAUAAAGUGGCGGGCCAGGAUAUGGAGGUAGUAUACUUCCAAGCCUAUAUUGAUGGUGUGGAUUUUGUCUUCUUAGACAGCCCUGUUUUUCGGCAUAUUGAAAACAAUAUAUAUGGUGGAACACGAGUGGAUAUUCUAAAACGCAUGGUUUUAUUUUGCAAGGCAGCCGUUGAGGUUCCUUGGUAUGUCCCAUGUGGUGGAGUCUGCUAUGGAGAUGGAAAUUUGGUUUUUAUUGCAAAUGACUGGCACACUGCAUUGCUUCCAGUGUAUCUUAAGGCAUACUAUCGUGACAAUGGCCUAAUGACAUUUACACGUUCUGUUCUCGUGAUUCACAAUAUAGCACACCAGGGUCGUGGUCCAGUGGAUGAUUUUGCUUGUGUGGAUCUUCCAGAACACUACUUGGAUCUUUUCAAAUUAUUUGACCCACUCGGUGGUGACCACUUCAACAUCUUUGCAGCCGGCCUGAAAACAGCAGAUCGCAUAGUUACUGUGAGCCAUGGUUAUGCAUGGGAGCUGAAAACUUCAGAAGGUGGUUGGGGCCUGCAUGGGAUCAUCAAUGAGAAUGAUUGGAAACUGAGGGGCAUUGUUAACGGGAUUGACGCAAAGGAGUGGGACCCAAAAUUGGAUGUUCACCUAACCUCUGAUGGUUACACAAAUUACUCCUUGGAUACCCUUCAGACUGGCAAACUCCAAUGCAAAACGGCUCUACAGAAGGAGCUUGGUCUGCCCGUUCAGGAGAAUGUCCCUCUGAUUGGUUUUAUUGGGCGACUGGACCACCAGAAAGGCGUUGAUCUUAUUGCUGAGGCAAUUCCCUGGAUUGUAGGUCAGGACGUGCAACUGGUCAUGUUGGGCACUGGGAGACCUGAUCUGGAACAAUUGCUCAGGCAAUUCGAGAACCAACACCAUGACAAGGUCAGGGGAUGGGUUGGUUUCUCUGUUAAAACGUCUCAUCGGAUAACUGCUGGUGCAGACAUCCUACUCAUGCCAUCAAGAUUUGAACCCUGUGGAUUGAACCAGCUCUAUGCAAUGAGAUAUGGGACCAUACCUGUUGUCCAUGCUGUUGGUGGACUCAGGGAUACCGUUCAGCAAUUUGAUCCGUAUACUGAAUCAGGGUUUGGGUGGACUUUUGACAGGGCUGAAUCAAAUAGGUUGAUAGAUGCAUUACGAAACUGCUUACUCACUUACAGGGAGUACAAGAACAGUUGGGAGGGUCUCCAGAGACGUGGUAUGAUGCAAGAUCUCAGUUGGGACAAUGCUGCUCAAAAUUAUGAGGAAGUCCUCGUCGCUGCCAAGUAUCACUGGUGAUUCUGCAAACAUAAGAAAUAUCAAGUCGAAAGUUCAAACUUCUUAAACCUUUAGGUGGGAUGAUACAUUUGGAUACUUCAAUGCGUGAAAGCCUUCAGUGAGAUUUAGCUUAGAGAGGGGCUGAUAUUAUUCAGCUAUGUCCUUUUGAACUCCUUGCCAUAUCUUGGUCAGAUAAGAGGGGAUCUAAUCUCCACUUCUAGACAUAGCAAACAAUUAGCUCUCUUCCUUUCUAUGUAGUCUGUUCUCUCAAUUCACUUUCAAUGGGCUUCUGCAGUUGUUUUUUGUUGCAAGGAUGUGCUGUAGAUUGCAAUAGAAACCUACAGCUGACCCUCUCUAAUUUUAGAAACUAGUUAUUGAAAAGUUGAAAUGUGGAAUUCCUGCAUUUUGUUGCCCUUA